CAUGGUCCAUCCUCUCGUCCCUGGGAAAAAUUGAGAACUUCCCCUUUCCAAGAUUUCCCUCAUCCUCUCUUCCUCUUUCUCACGACUCCCGGACCCUUGACGUUGCUUCCAUCCAUCCCACCCGCACAUUCGACCCCAGUGACGCAGCACACGACAUCGGGAACCCCAGUUACCCUUACACCCUUUUGUACGUCCUCAGUUGCAUCUUGCAGGCUUCGCCUUGGGCCACCCGGCCCGACCUGCUACUGCUGCUGCUGCUGCGACUGCUGCGCUGUGAGCUGUGAGCUGUACCCAUCGCUGGCUGCCGCUGCGCUGCGCUGCACUGCACCGCUCUCUCUGCGUGUGAGCUGCCCGCCCACGGCCCUGCCCGCGCCGAAGGAUUGUAGCCACCCAGUUGCUAGGCCUGGACAUCUGGACCAAGAGGGUGGUGGUCAUCUAAGAGCGAAGUGGAUGAAUGGGCAGUGAAGGUGCCAUGGAGCCCCAUCAUCCGCACUCCAAACCGCCCGGCCGCCGUUUACAAAAACAACAGCCACCCAUCUCGUUCCUCAACUCCAAGCAGUCGGCCCUGCGACGCGCUCCGUCGGCGCCUACCCAUCCCUCGUACUUGUCGCCGUCGUCGCUUCAUCAGCAGCAGCAGUCGUCGGCGUCGUCGUCGUCGUGGCUGCCCUCCUUCACAUCCUCCCACGCCUCACCUUCACUCGCCAGGGCGCCAAGCCCCGGCCCUUCUGCACCGCCCGCGCCCGCCGCCGCCUCUCACCCAGCGGCCUCUUCUUCCUCAUCAUCGCCGCCGUCGCUCCAACACAAAAGCUCCACCUCGCCCGUCUACACAACCUCGCCCUCGCUGCCCUCGCUGCCCUCGCUGCCGUCGUCCGCUCAUUCUCACUCGACGAAUCCAGUCGCUGCAACCACCUCCCACCCGCUCGCUGACAAGCGCCCCACGCCCGAACUCGUUGGCAAGCCCUUCGACGUCGACGCCAUCCUCAGGAACAUCGACGCACCCACCCCGUCCUCCACCCAACUGCUGCCACGUCCGCUCGCUCCCCAGCACUCGCAGACCUACCAGGACACCCUCCCCCGCGUCAAGUCCUCCAAGCUCCCCAAGCUGCGCCAGUCGGCCAGCUUCUCGGCCCUCGCCCGCACCACCAUGGAGACAAUCACCCCUCCCCGCUCCGACGGCGGUGCCAAAAGCCCUCGCCAGCGAUACAGCGACGAAGCAGACCAACAAACAAAGUCCAAGAACCGCAAGUCCGAUGGCGGCAGGAAGAAGGGCACCUUCUCCAGCUUCGUCAACAGCGUGCUCGGCUCCCCGCGCCGCCCGACCAUCUCCACUCCCACGAACCCCAUGCAUGUCACCCACGUCAGCAUCGACAACGAGACUGGAGAGUUCACGGGUCUGCCCAAAGAAUGGCAACGCAUGCUGCAGCAGAAUGGCAUCUCGGAGCAGGAGCAGAAGCAGAACCCCCAGGCCGUCAUGGACGUCGUCGAAUUCUACAAGAACAAUGCAGAGAAGAAUGGAGAGGAUGCCAUCUGGGACAAGAUGCCCGCUGUUCAACCGCACGGCUAUGCAUACCAAGCCAACCUCACGCCAAACUACGGCUCGAUCCAGCCGCUGCUCAGCCCACCCCAGAGUCCACGGUUCCCACGCAACGACCAAGAUAGCUUCGAGAACCCGAGAGCACCUCCUCCCAUUCCGCGUAGCCACACUUCUCCCGGUCUCGCAUCCCCCGCCUCCCCUCAGAUCAACGGCCUCAUUCCCGUGCGGCCGGCACCCAAACCUCCAGGGGGCUCAGCAUCUGCGAAUCUCAUACCAGCGAGGGCAGCGCCUCCUGCUCCUAGUCCGCCUGCACAGCAUCCUUCCCAACCGCUGCGUCAGGACAACGAAUUCCCUCAAGUCGCCUAUGCCCCUCCGGUCGUCACAGAGCAGGCGCCCGCGCCGCAUUCAGCGCCACGGAGCCGUGCCAACACCACAGGCACGCCUCCACGGUUCGACUCACCUCCCAUUGGUCCGGCUAUGACGCCUGCGCAGCAAUACCAGCAACAGAACAGCCAGGCAAUAAUCGCCGCAGCCCAGUCCAUGGCAGGAAAGCAGCAGCAUCCUCCUCUCGCGAGGAGCGUGAGCCAGAAAGCACCGCAGCCCCAGCAUCAUCUUGCAACUGGAAUCGCACAGGCCCCGCCACAGCCUUCACCGCAGCAACAAUUUGCGCAACAGACUGACCCUCAAAAUAUCCCUCUACCGUCCCAGCAAUCGCGUGUGGGACCCGCUCCCCGGCCGCGUCAGCGCCCUCGACAGAGCCAAGGCCCAGAUAUAGUGGCCAAGCUCAACGCCAUUUGCACCAAUGCCGACCCUACGCUCAGGUACCGGAAUCUCAACAAGAUCGGCCAGGGCGCGUCGGGCGGCGUCUUCACCGCAUACGAAGUGGGCACGAACAAAUGCGUUGCCAUCAAGCAGAUGAACUUGGAACAGCAACCGAAGAAGGAUUUGAUCAUCAACGAGAUUCUGGUCAUGAAGGAUAGCAAGCAUAAGAACAUUGUCAAUUUCAUGGACAGUUUCUUGGUGAGAGGAGACCUCUGGGUCGUCAUGGAGUACAUGGAGGGUGGAAGUUUGACCGAUGUCGUGACUUUUAAUAUCAUGACCGAGGGCCAGAUUGCAGCGGUUUGCCGCGAGACUCUAAGCGGCCUACAACACUUGCACUCCAAGGGUGUAAUUCAUCGUGACAUCAAAUCGGACAACAUCCUGCUCUCGCCAGAGGGCAACAUCAAGCUGACCGAUUUCGGUUUCUGCGCCCAGAUCAACGAGAGCCACAACAAGCGCACGACAAUGGUUGGUACUCCGUACUGGAUGGCCCCUGAGGUCGUGACCAGAAAGGAAUAUGGCCGCAAAGUGGACAUCUGGUCGCUCGGGAUCAUGGCCAUUGAGAUGAUUGAGGGCGAACCCCCAUAUCUGAACGAGAGUCCGCUACGCGCCCUCUGGCUGAUCGCAACCAACGGUACACCAACCAUCAAGGACGAACAGAACCUCUCGCCUGUUUUCCGGGACUUCUUAGCAUUUUCCCUGAAGGUGGAUCCGGACAAGCGGGCCAGCGCGCACGACCUUCUUACACAUCCUUUCAUUAAGACGGCCGAACCGCUCAACUCUCUCGCUCCGCUGGUGCUGGCAGCACGUAAGGCGAGAGCCGAAGAGAGGCGGAAGAAAGGCGGCAUGUGAAGCGUGUUCGAGUCCACUGUGAUACAUUUUAUCCUAGGCCAUUAUAGGUUCAGGCUGUCGAUCCUUCGUCUCAUAUUGUAUCGCCGAGCGGUGCAGCAAUUGUAGGCUGAACUGAGAAACGUUGGGUACAUUGUUGGCACUAUACAGCCCACUCCAGACACGGAUAGUCUACUGUGUACAGACCCCGG